CCUCUCUCUCACGUUCCAACUUCUAAGUUCUAAGUCGCAAACAAGAAGAAAAAAAGAAAGGAAGAGGCCGCAAUGAAGAGUGAAUUGGAAUUACCACCUGGAUUCAGGUUCCACCCCACUGAUGAGGAGCUUGUGAAUCACUACUUGUGCAAGAAAUGUGCUUCACAGUCAAUUGCUGUUCCUAUCAUCAAGGAGAUCGAUUUGUACAAGUUUGAUCCAUGGCACCUUCCAGAGAUGGCUCUAUACGGCGAGAAAGAGUGGUAUUUCUUCUCUCCCAGGGACCGCAAAUAUCCGAACGGAUCACGCCCAAACCGGGCUGCGGGUACAGGGUACUGGAAGGCCACAGGUGCCGAUAAGCCCAUUGGAAAGCCCAAGGCCCUGGCCAUCAAGAAGGCACUGGUGUUUUACGCUGGCAAAGCCCCCAAAGGAGUGAAAACCAAUUGGAUCAUGCAUGAAUAUAGACUCGCUAAUGUUGACAGAUCCGCAGGCAACAAGAAAAAUAACUUAAGGCUUGAUGAUUGGGUGCUAUGCCGAAUUUACAACAAGAAAGGAAAGAUUGAGAAAUACAACCAUCUUGGGGCGGCGGAUCACAAAUCAGCAUCUUCGUCGGAGGAGAAUGAGAGGAAGCCGGAGGUGAAGGAGCGAUUGCAUAUGGAUACGUCGUCGGAUUCGGUGGUAUCGGCGGAUGUGACGUGGGAGAGUAGGGAGGUGCAGAGCGAGCCAAAGUGGAAUGACCUGCUUGACCAAGUCUUUGAUUUCCAGUUAGGCAGUUUCGUUGAUUUCUCAUCGGCUGGAGAUGACCCUUUUGCCCCCCAGCUCUCUCCUUGGCAUCAGGACACGUUCAUCACAUUUUAAUUCAUUCUUUCCAACACAACAAGAAAAACUAAGAUUGUUUAGUUUAGCCACCAUGACUCAUUUGGAUUUAACUCGGGAACCAAGGACGAUGAGAUCAUAUAUGUAAAAAUAAAUAAGAAAAAUAAUCUCACCAAUGCCACCUAGUUUGUUUUCAUGUUACCAUUGUUGGAGUGUUAAGCAUCUACUCCUGUGGAAAAUUCUUCCUACCAUUUUUUAAAAUAUAUGUUAUUAUUUAAUUCAACAUAUUCAAGGAAUGAUUUCGUUUAUUCA